AUGAACAUCAGAGUCAACAACAUUCUGCGUGAAUACAACCCGCCUCCGGUGGCUAACUCUCCUUCUCCUUCUUCUCCAAGUCUUGCCGCUGCGACUACUGCAUCUUUGACUGUAGCAGAUUCUGUACCUUGUCUUAUAUCCAAAAAAUGCCAGCAAGUUGCGAGAGACAAAGCACCGCCUGACAGCGAAGAGCUUGGCUGCGACAGCGCCGCUCUAGAGUCGGGCUACUUCCGCUGUGUCUGUGCCAAAACACGGUUUCUGGGCCAUAACGACUAUUUCUCUGCGCAUUGUGUACUUCAAGAGUGUAAAGGCGACGGCGAUAAGAGAGCUUUUAUAAAGCAGUACAAAGACGGUUGCAAGCAGAUAGGAGAGACUCUAGCAGAUAUUCCUAAGGAAUGGACCCCGUUUAUGAAACCGCGUGCAUCGAGUUCAUCACAGCAUCCUCCAAGUACAACAGGUGGUAAUACACUUGCCAGUGGUACUCCUAGCACCACUACAGCACCAAGCGCGACACCCGACCCAACCAGUUCAGCUACUUCUGCGGAAAUAAGUUUCGUACCUGCACCAACACACUCAACCAGCCAAGAAACUCCAUCGCCAACCCCAUCUUCUUCUCCCGUAGCUGCAAUUUUAUCAACCCCCCAAAGUACGCCCAACACAGCCGUCAUCGCAGGAAGCGCCGUCUCCGCAGUCGUCAUCUUCGUCCUCCUCAUCGGCCUUGCAAAACUCUACUACGACACCAGGAAGAAAGCAAAAAAGCUCCGCGUCGCGAAUGCCCAGCUGGAAGAUGCAACGAAUCCAGAUGGUGUCUCGAACCGCAUCGUGACGCUCAUGGCCGGGUCAGAUAGAGCAUCUGUAGCGUCUCGAGGUAGCCCUGUAAGCGAUGCGCGCGAUGCAGCCGCUUUUCUGAAUGGAAAUACGGCAGCGCAUAACGCGGAGAUAGCAAUUGCAGCAGCUGCACAAUCCAGUGUGAGUGGGGAUUAUACGGAGUAUGGAUCUGAUAAAUAUGACGGGUUCGUUUCUGAAUAUACGGGGUAUGGUAGGGAGGAUGGGGGUAGUGCUGCGCGCUCUUACGACGGAGGGGUCGUUGGUGCGGAGAGGAGGUUCUCGGAGGUUUCAGAGAGUGAUUAUGGGAGUGUGAAGUAUUAG